CCGCCCCGUCGCCGGGCUGACUGGCGGAAGGGGAAGUGGGGCGGGCGCAGGCGGCGGUGGGGAAGAUGGCGUACCAGAGCCUCCGGCUGGAGUACCUGCAGAUCCCACCGGUCAGCCGCGCCUACACCACCGCCUGCGUCCUCACCACCGCCGCCGUGCAGUUGGAAUUGAUCACACCUUUUCAGCUGUACUUCAAUCCUGAAUUAAUCUUUAAACACUUCCAAAUAUGGAGGCUAAUCACCAAUUUUUUAUUUUUUGGGCCUGUUGGAUUCAAUUUUUUAUUUAACAUGAUAUUUCUAUACCGUUACUGUCGAAUGCUAGAAGAAGGCUCUUUCCGAGGUCGGACAGCAGACUUUGUAUUUAUGUUCCUUUUUGGUGGAUUUUUAAUGACUAUAUUUGGUUUGUUUGUGAGUUUAGUUUUUUUGGGCCAGGCCUUUACGAUAAUGCUUGUCUACGUGUGGAGCCGAAGGAACCCUUAUGUCCGCAUGAACUUCUUCGGCCUUCUCAACUUCCAGGCCCCCUUUCUACCCUGGGUGCUCAUGGGCUUUUCCUUGUUGUUGGGGAACUCAAUCAUUGUGGACCUCUUGGGUAUUGCAGUCGGACACAUAUAUUUUUUCUUGGAAGAUGUAUUUCCCAAUCAGCCUGGUGGAAUAAGAAUUCUGAAAACGCCAUCUAUUUUAAAUCCAGGGAAAGACUCAUUGCCACCUUUGUAAAGCCUCAGAAGGAUCUUGAGACCCGGACAGAAAGUUAUUAUACAAUGUUAACUUCAGAGCCAGAUGAACAAGGUACCAGCUAGAAAGGGAUGUAUUUCUCCUGGGCCUUUGGCUAGUUAACAUUUGCUAUUUGCUUCAUGAAAAGCUAAGAAGCUUUUCAGAGCCAAGUACCUGGUCUGUCUUCCAAACCAAGUAGAAAUGAAGUUCCACAGAAAUAGGAACUUCAUGCCUAGGGUUCAGUAAAUAUCCAAAAUGCUCACUUCCCUGGGUCUCAGCAGGUUUGUAUCACAUGCCCAAAUAAUUCAGGGAACCCUGAGGACUAAAAGAGCAUCCCAAGAAAUGAGAUUAUUUCAUAAUAGUUUUAAUAAACACCACGUAGACACAGGACCUUUUCCAAGUAGUUGCAGACUGGUUCAGUGGUAGCUUUCUAGAGUGAGAUUUUCCUCAAAGAUGACGUUUCAGAUUAAAUGUAAACAUUAUAAAUGGGAAUUUUCAGAUUUUGAAGUGAAUAGUAUUUUAAUGUCUAAAUGGAAUGUGCAUAAGGAAUGGAAUUUAAAUAUUUAAAUGCUGCUAGUCGGUAACUGAAUAUGAUUGUUGCAAUUUUAUAGAAUGUAGGUUAUGGGACUGCUUUUUUUCCUGCAUGGUUUAAAAAAAAUAUUUAAAUGCCAAUCUUGCAAUGCAGAAUCAUUAUGGGACUUUUAAGUUAUGUCUUUAUUCAAGAAAGCUUGAAUUGGAUUAGAAGGGGUUUUUUUAUUGUUUAUUUUUUUUAAUGAGUUUCUCUAGUUUUAUUUGUUCUCCCUUAGUUAACUUUCAGUUAUCCAAUCUAUGGGAUUCUUGUGGUAAAUUUUUAAUCCUGAAAUCUAUUCCCUGAGAUUAUUUAAGUAGAGAAUGUCUGUACAUAUUAAUGACUGGGUAAAACUGGAAAACAAUUUUGAAUUGAUGACCUACACGCAGUCAGUUAUGGGAUUUUUAUUUCUCUGUAGUAUGAGAAUUCCCAGUGGCAGAAUUCCGCUGUGGCAAUGGUCACUUCAAUCACUAGCCUCUUUCCAGUCUGGCCAUUCCCACCACCACUAUCCCUAGCCCUAUUCUUCACCUCUUCUCUGACUUAUCUCUCCGUCUCGAUUCUUCCAGAACACCCUUCUUUUUUAUAAUGCAAAUCAACUGAAAAAUGAGAUUCAGGGUAUGGAAUUUUGUGACCAAUUUAUCUAACAUAAUUUAAGGGAUUCUUGAAUUCAACCAUUAAUACUGAUAAGCACACCUGCCUAAGGCAUAGUUUUUUUGUUGUUGUAGAAAAACAAUAUAUGUUUGUGGGGUGUGUGUGUGUGUGUGUUUUAAAUGGGCAUACAAAUUGCAUCUCCCUAGGAGAUAACAUUUUAAACGUUUUAUAUACGUUUUGGUGUGGGGUUUUGUUUUUUUUACUAUGGAUUUACAUUUCCCUCUUCCACUUGUUCUUUUUCUAUAUCACUCUUAUAUGCUCUAAUAUCUUUCAUAACCUCUUGUGUAGUAGUUCUAAGCAGAGAGCGCCCAAGUGUUGGAUUCUGGUAAUGAAGCCUCACUCUGUCCCUGGUGACUAUGGGAAUUAGGAAAUAUUGGAGGUAUUGGCAUGUUGCAUAAAGGGCUUCCUAGAAUUGUCAUCCAUCCUUGAUUGCCUGCAUUUUUAUGUUGCGGCUGGGUUUUCCUUUGACAGUUGAGUGCCAUCUGUGUUGUAGU